AAAAACUACUUUUUUUUUUUUUUUUUUUUUUUUUUUUUUUUGAAAUAACAAGAUUUGACGUUUACCUAAAACACAUGUUUUUGUGUAUAAUACCAACUUAUACGGAAUACAAAUAAUUUUUAUACACACUAAUAAUUUGCACCACUUCAUAAGAGUAUGAAGGAUAACAGUUACGAAGUAUAACACAUAGUAUUGGACCGAUCAAAACCAAAUCAAAUGACUCAUCACCCACAUAUAACACGAUUUGAAAUAGCCCAACCCAAAAAUCCAAGUGUGUAAGUGUGUGACCUUGAAGCCGUUUGGUUGACUAUUGUUGUUAAUUCCAUUUCCCCAAUUCAUUUUUGGAGUUCCCCCAAACCCUUGUAUCGUACGGCGUAAUUCCAACGCCGCCAGACUUGAAUUCCCUCAUUCGCCUCAAUUCUACAACCUCUAACUCUCUCACUCAAACCCUAGCCGUCGUCCUUACCUCCGGCAGAUCUCCGGCACGGCGGUUAAACUUGGUGGUUUCCGGCAAAAUUCCGGCGAACUUUUGGUAUCAACUGCAGAUUGUCAAGAAAUGGCUCGACGUGGUCUUUCCUUGAAAAGGAGAAGAGAAUUGGAGUUCCUUCAAUAUGUUAUACUCAUGAUUAAUGUUGUGGUUUUGGUUUAUAUGAUGCGGUACUCAAUGAAAGAGGUGUCGAAUAAUUCACAACGAUUGGAAGGAAAGAAGAGGAUGAGAAGGAGAUUGAGAUUGAGUAAUUUAAAUAGGUUUAUAGGAGAGAGUGAUGAUGUGUGUAGGAAACAUCUUCGUAUGGAUCGUUUUACUUUUAAUAAACUUUGUGAGAUGGUUAAGGGGAUUGGUGGUUUGAGUCGGACAAGACACAUGAGUGUGGAGGAGAUUGUUGCGAUUUUCUUGUAUAUAUUAGCUCACCACAAGACGAAUAGAUAUGUUGGUGCUUACUUUUACAGAAGUGGUGAAACUGUGAGUAGGCAGUUUCAUUUGUGCUUAAAGGCUGUGUUAAAGCUGCACACUGAGUUGCUUAAGAAACCUUCAUCUGUAACAGAAGAUUGCAGUGAUGAUAAGUGUGAUGAUAAGUGGAAGUUUUUCAAGAAUUGUGUAGGUGCAGUUGAUUGCACAUUGGUUAGUGUAAGUGUACCUCCUGAUGAUCGAUCUAAAUAUCGAACACGAAAAGGUAGCAUUGCUAUGAAUGUCUUAGGAGCAUGCUCACCUGAUAUGGAAUUUAUUUACGUGUUACCUGGAUGGGAGGGUUCAGUAGAUGAUGGUCGGGUACUAUGUGAUGCUAUUUCUAGGCCUAAUGGGUUAGUUGCUCCACAAGGUUGUUACUAUCUGUGUAACGCUGGAUAUAGUGGAGAGGGAUUCCUUGCACCGUUUAAAGGACAUCCUUAUAAUCUUAGUGAGUGGAACAAUGGGUCUCACCAACCACAAAGCGUGGAAGAGAAUUUCAACUUAAGACAUGCAAUGGCUAGAAACGUGACGAGACAAUGCUUCAGGUUACUUAAGGGAAAAUGGAAGAUUCUUAGAAGCCCUUCUUGGUUUAGUUUAAAAACUCAUGGUCGUAUUGUUUUGGCAUGUUGUUUAUUGCAUAACUUAAUAAAGAGAUACAUGCCUCCUGGUUCUAUAUUUGAAGACAUAUCUGAUGAUGAGAAUGAUGAUGGUGAUGGUGGUGGCGAUGAUGAUGAAGACAGUGAGGUUGAAUAUAUAAGUUCUAUUGAUACAUUAAUUCCUUGGACCAAUUUUAGAAAUUCAUUGGCUCAAACUAUGUUCAACAGUUGGCAAGCUGGAGGCCAUGGAGAGUGACUAUACUAUUUUGUAUUGGAUGCUCUUGGUUUAAACUUGUAGUAGUUUGUUGUUUUAUUGAUGCCUUAUUUUGAUUAUCAUGUUUUGUUGGAUGUUAUAUUGUGCUAUUUGAACUAUGACCUUUGGCUUUUUUCUGUUUGAUUACGUUGGAUUUUGCACA